AUCCACUGACUCACCAUCUCUGAUGCCACGACAGUGGUUGUCACUCACUUACGUGCUCACCUAACCUGCGCUGUUGAUAGACGCUUCCUUGACAAAACACAUUCAAAAGUUAAAAAGCCGACCAAAAUAACAGAAGCAGCUCACCCGGAGGUCCUGGUUCGAGGAUGUGGACGACCACUAUAGCGCGAUGCACCCUGCCGAGCAUGCUCAAGCGAAGCUCCGUUUUGGCCUGCCAUGCCUUGAGGGCUGAGGGUAGGCCUAGAUGGGCAGUUGCCACAGCUGCCACCUCUCCAUCUCCUUCUCUUCACCUGAUCUGGAGGCAGCUCCGUGGGUAUGGGACCCAGGCACCCACCCCGCUCCCCUCCACUGCUCUGGAGAACAGCCCUGGGGUGAGGCAGGUCCGUGCCCUGGAGCAGGAAAGGCAACUGGAGGUGGAGUGGGAGGACAGCAGGCAAAGCAUGUACCCGUACACAUGGCUGAGGGACAACUGUCAAUGCCCGCUGUGUACCCUGCAGUCAGCCCAGGCCCGCAGCCUGCUGCUCUCCCAACUGGACAUCCACACUGGGGUCGACCGGGUCCAAGUCACUGACAACAACAAGGUGUCCAUAGUGUGGCCGGACCAGCACACCAGCGAGUUUGACCCAGAAUGGCUGAGGAAACGGUGCUUCUCUCCUGCUGCCAGACAAGCUCUACAAGAGGAGCUCUUCCUCAACAAGCGUAUGUACUGGGACUCAGAGCUACAGAUCCCCACGGCCAACUUCGAGGAGGUCCUCCACGAUGACAAGGCCGCCCUGGCCUGGCUGCUGGCUCUACGCCGCGUGGGAAUCGUCUACCUGAAGGGGGCGCCGGUGGAGCAGGGUCAGGUGGCCCGCCUCAGCCAGAGGAUCGGAUACCUAAGACUGACGUUCUAUGGGCACACAUGGCAGGUGCAGGACAAAUCCCAGGCUAACAACAUGGCCUACACAGCUGGCAAACUCAGUCUCCACACUGACUAUCCAGCACUGCACUAUCCACCUGGAGUGCAGUUCCUGCAUUGCCUGAGCCAGGCUGGUGAGGGAGGGGAGAGUGAAGCAGUGGACGGCUUCCACAUGGCAGAAAAACUGAGAAGAGAAGACCCAGAGGCUUUCAGGACCCUCACCUCCCUACAGGUGGACUUCACCGACACAGGGUCCGACUACUGUGACUUCAUGGUGCAGUCCAAGAACCACAUCAUAGAUGUUGACAGUGAUGGGCGGGUGGUACGGAUCAACUACAACAAUGCCACCAGGGACUCUGUGCUGGACCUCCCCCUGCACCAGGUCCAGGCCUUCUACAGCUCCCUCAAGGCCUACAUCCAGCUGAUGACGCGACCAGAAAACAUGCUCACCUACAAGAUGGAGCCUGGCGACCUGGUCACCUUUGACAACUGGCGCCUGCUCCAUGGGCGGAAGAGCUAUCUGAGCCACCCAGACCGGGUGAGACACCUGGAGGGAGCCUACCUGGACUGGGACGAAGUCAUGUCUCGCCUGCGAAUACUCUGCAAGUCUGUCAACGGAGAGAGCUAGACCCACCAAGCCCCCAGAGUGAAGCCUCCUCCAACUAUAUAGAACAGCAUCGAUCUACAGCAGGGCUCUCCAACCCUGUUCCGGGAGAGUUACUGUACUGUAGGUUUUCACUCCAACCCUAAUCUAGUGCACCUGAUUCUAAUAAUUAGUUGGGGUUGGAAUUAAAACCUACGGGAGGGUAUCUCUCCAGGAACAGGGUUGGAGAGUCCUGAUCUAUAGGAUUUCUGAGCGUGGAAAAGAGGCUAAUAUUCUAGUAGGCUACGGCUACCCCUGUGUGGGUCAAGAUGGCUGCCAGUCUUUUGAACAGAGUGACAAGUGGGCAAAGUGCAAGAAGAUGGGGAAAAUUUUUAGGGAAAGGGGUUUAGCACUUCCGUAAAUGAAUAACACUCCUCUUCAUAAGUGCUAACAGAGGCAUAGAAACUGUAAAUGAGUAGCAUACAUAUGAAAAAUCUGUAAUUUACUAUAUGAAGCAGGUAGACUAUAACGCCUUUGCUCCUAGGGUUAUGAAAGCGAUAAUAUUUUCGCUAUCUUUCGCUUUGCUCUAAUCUAUUUUUCUAUUGGUCUGUGUUCUGCUGGUCAAAAUUUGGUAGCACUUUACUACAUCUACUUCUCAAUGUCUUAAGUUUGUGACAUUUUCUACCUCUGUCACAAUAGAAUAGUGUCUAGUUCAGUUCCAGCCAUCUAACCUUAAGAAAAGAGUGUAUAGCAAUAGUAUUAGCCCCCCAAAUCAAUAUGUUUUUAAUAACUCUCUAUACGUAAAAUGUAUGCACACGCAAAGUUCACUCCCUAAAUGGCAUAGAUUAUUUACAUUGUUUUGUCAAUGAAUAGAUCUGCCAUUUGUCUUCAAUGGAGGACAACUUGUCCUCUACAGUACAUGUGCAUGUUGAAAGCCACAAAUAUUGUGCAACUUGGCAUUGUUCCAGUAGCAACAAAUAUUUGUUAUUGUUUGUUACAAUCAUAGGUGUCAAUUGUCUAUUCUAUAUUACAUAUGUAGUUCAUGCUAACAGCGCUCAUUGUAAUAAUUUGUGGUGAUGUGUUAAUAAAAAAAAAGGGUAUUGCAUUAAAUCUUCACAAAUGUUACUCUAGAUUUCAUUCUUGAUAUGUUUUCCAAAUAUAUGUAUGCACAUUGGAUGUGCUACAUCAUUUGUGUUCAUCCAAACUGUGACAUAAUGACUUGUGACAAAAUGGAGGGCUUUAGUUUUGACAACUUUUAUUUUGAUAUUGCCAAAGCUGUACAUGUUCUAUAAAUACUUUUUUUCACACCCAUUUCAAUUAUUCCAUCACUUUCACCACAGCAGCAGGCUAGCUACCACAAUAAUAGGGUUGGUUGGUUUCAAAUACUCCCGUUUCUUAAGGUUCUCAUAUGUAACUAGUCUAAGAAACUAUACCUAGUCUUCAAACUGUUUUGAGACCCUCAUAUUUACACCAGUGUUUUUAUUGUCAAUAAUGAAAUGCCUUAAAUAAUUGCCUCGUGGAAUUUGUAACUAUGUUCCUUACACAAGCAUUUCCUCUCUAAAAAAUAAAAGCCACUUAAACAUUAAAAACAAUAUCAUGAUCACAUAGCUGUAUUAUUCAUAUAUUGCUGAUCUGGCAAAACAAUACACUGCAUGUACACACUCAAACUGUGGGAUUUACAGUUGGGCUGAAAUGGGGCUAGAAUGUAUUUAUUUCUCUUACCACAGUACUGACACAACAUGAGGACUUAACGGACAAAACCAUAACAGCAGGGCUUGAUAGCGCAGCAGUAGGUUUAGAAUCUCCAAAUAGUGAUUUUGCACUUAUAAACAAGAGGUCAUCAUUUAUUCACUUCAAUAAAUAUGUAAGACAAGGAAGUCCUUUUAAUAUAUAUAUAUUUUUUUAACAUUCUUUGCACUUUGAAAGCCAGAAUAGCCGAGAUGUUUUAUCAGAACAAUGAUCUGGCUCUGGCUAACUAUGUAAAGUAUUGCACAUCUAGUGAAUAAACCACACAUUGUAAAACAUUUUAUGGUGAAAUGUACAGCAUUCUGCUUCUCUUCAAAUAUUUUUGUCUCCAUAGUAACAUGCAAUUCAAUAAAGAGGACCACAGACAAGAAAUUUGACAGUAGAACUACAGUAGUUUAGCCUCACCGGGCAAGCUAAAGAGAUACGCGCAUCUUGGACCACACAAUAUAUUUUGUGAUCAAAAGGAACGAAACCUUUAAAAAGCUUUUACAUGCAGUGUUUGAUGCACCAUACAGUAGUAGUAUUUAACAGUAGUAGUAUUUAACAAUGUGACACCCGUCAGUACUAGAGUGCUUUUUAAACAUUUCACUGGUUUGGACUUGGGACAGACUGGAGUUUUACAGUAAUACCACGUAGCACAUAGAAUAUUCAUCACACAGUCGCAGAGUGGACAGGGAGGUUUGGUUGCUUUCUUAUCGACUUGCAGGGCUGUGCCUCACAUAUCCCUCCCCCUCACCGUCUCCAUCCCAUUAAAAACAACCAAUGAGACCUUGGCAGCAGGCCAGGACGAGAGGUCAGUCACAAAGAGGGGACAGAGAUGGGGGACGGACGGACCAAGUCUCCCCUUGAAGAACAAGCAUGUGUACGGCCAAGGCCUCAGGCUGGGCCUGUAUGGGAGGAGUCUAGAGGACGUGACCUGGGUUGGGAAAUUUUACGCACGAUGCCACAGACCAGGGUUCACAUAUACAUACAUACAUGCAUAUAUAAACUCAGCAAAAAGAGAAACGUCCCUUUUUCAGGACCCUGUCUUUCAAAGAUAAUUCGUAAAAAUCCAAAUAACUUCACAGAUCUUCAUUGUAAAGGGUUUAACACUGUUUCCCAUGCUUGUUCAAUGAACCAUAAACAAUGAACAUGAACCUGUGGAACGGUCGUUAAGACACUAACAGCCUACAGACGGUGGGCAAUUAAGGUCACAGUUCUGAAAACUUAGGACACGAAAGAGGCCUUUCUACGGACUCUGAAAAACACCAAAAGAAAGAUGACCAGGGUCUCUGCUUAUCUGAGUGAAUGUGCCUUAGGCAUGCUGCAAGGAGGUAUGAGGACUGCAGAUGUGGCCAGGGCAAUAAAUUGCAAUGUCUGUACUGUGAGACGCCUAAGACAGCGCUACAGGGAGUGAAGACACACAGCUGAUUGUCCUUGCAGUGGCAGACCACGUGUAACAACACCUACACAGGAUCGGUACAUCUGAACAUCACACCUGCGGGACAGGUACAGCAUGGCAACAACUGCCUGAGUUACACCAGGAACGCACAAUCCCUCCAUCAGUGCUCAGACUGUCCGCAAUAGGCUGAGAGAGGCUGGAGGCCUGUUGUAAGGCAGGUCCUCACCACACAUCACCGGCAACAACGUCGCCUAUGGGCACAAACCCACCGUCGCUGGACCAGACA